AUGGCGGAGGAGGUGCAUCUGGGCCUGCCGGGGCCGUGGGCGGAGGACUACCGGGAGAAGGCCGACCACUACACCACCAAGAUCGGCGGGGUCCCUGAUUGGCCAGCCGAGGAUGUGGGGACUGAAGCUGAAUCACUCCAAUGCAAAUUGUGUGGAACCAGGCUCUGCCUUGUUGCUCAGGUUUAUGCUCCUCUUGCGAAGCUUAACAUUGAAGAGAGGACACUGUAUGUGCUCGUUUGCCCGGCGCCAAAAUGCAGCCCUAACACCCAAAGUUGGAAGGUCCUAAGGGUUCAGAAGUGCCAUACUGGUAUGCAAUCAAAUGAUAAUGGGGACGGGUCAGUCCAAAGUAAAGAAAAGGUUUGCUCAAAUGAGCCAACUCCUUCCUGUUCUGUGGGGAAAAAUAAUGAAGAAGAAAACAAGAGUUCCAACACCAAUGAUGAUGAUUUUGAUUUAGAUGCCUUGGCUGCAGCACUCGAGCAGGCUGCAACGGUGGCAUCCAACACAAAGAAGAAAAGUAAAUCAAAGCGUGCUAAUAAUGUCCCUAGAAAAUGCGCUGUAGUGAAGGAGAAAGUAAAUGACCUGAGUAUACCAGUUCUUCCUUGUUUCUAUAUCUAUUACGACAAGGAACAGUCGAGGGGGAAAACCAGUGUAGGUUCUAGUAGCUAUGAAAAACUUUUGGCAGAAGAGGUAAUGGACAUGGGUAAUGAUGAAGAAGAAAAAUGGGAAGGAGAAAAGUAUGAAUAUGAUAGUGCUCCUGGGGCCGACAGAACUUUCUUAAAAUUUAAGAAACGGUUGGAUGCAUAUCCUCAACAAUGCUUUAGGUAUUCAUGUGGUGGUAGUCCACUGUUGCCUACAACUAACUCACAGGAUGUUGGCACAUGUAAGCUUUGUGGUUCACAACGUCAAUAUGAACUUCAACUGAUGUCCCCAUUAUCAUAUUUUCUCGACCAAGCUGGUGAUGGUUCCUCAAAUUGUGCACCUAAUGCCUGGACUUGGCUGACUCUUGUUAUCUACACUUGCUCCAAGAGUUGCUGUCCUUCGUCUUGUUGUGGGAAACAGGGCAAUUGCUGCUGGGGAGUAGUGGAGGAGGAGAUAAUGAUGCAGGAGGAUGAAGCAUGUAACGCGAGACUGUGA